GGUUUCCGCCAUUUUAGUUGCAGUUUUCGUACACUAUUCUCGUGCCGCCGUUCUUGUUUAACUUGUUCGUUUGUGUCCGUUCGUUUUGUGAUCUACACGAAUAAAAUCUGUUCAAAAAGCUCAAUCUUCAUCGUAUUCAUUUUGCUGAUUGAUAUCGUCGUCGUUGUCCCACUAACUACCAAAAAUGUCUUACAAUCGUCGAAGUGGUGGUGGUGGUAAUUAUGGCGUUGGAAAUAACGGCAACUAUGGAAGUUCUUAUGGACAAAAUCCUAGCAAUAAUUUUAGCGGCUCUGGCAAUUAUGGAAGUGGAGGAGUUGGUGGUGGAGGCGGCGGCAGUGGAAAUUUCAAUGGAGGUGGCACUAGUCGUUUCAAUAACUUCAAUAAUUAUGGUAGAAGCCCCAAGAUGAGUCCUUGGGAGUCUGGUGUUUCUCCAGGAGGUGGAAUGAUGCCAAAUGUUCAUCCAAAUCAAAUGGCUCUAGCUAGUGAUUUAUUAUCUAAGCUUUUAGCACCUAAUCAGGGUGGAUACGGAAGUAACCAAAAUUGGGGUCCAAACCCUGGAAUGGUGAGAAGACAGGAAUCAUUUAAGAACCAAAACCGGCGCAGGCCUGAUAAUCGCAAUCGUAGACCUCCUCCAAAAAAGGACGAUAAGAAAAAGGAUUCUAAACCUGAAGCGGAUAAAAAUGAUAAGAGUUCUACUAAUGAAACAAAUGGUAUUAAGAAAGAAACAACAGACCAAGAACAUGUGGAUUAUGAUGGUAUUCCAACAGCUGUAUUAUUUUGUCAUGUUUGUCAAAAACAUAUGUGGGACGGAGCUUCUUUUGAGAAACAUGUACGUGGUCGUCCUCAUGAAUUGAUGAUGACAUACUUGGAUGAAGGGUACAAAAUGCAAGUAGAGUUAAUGCGUCACCAGAUAAAAGCAGCUGAAAAUCAAAGAGAAAUUGAUUUAGAGCGUAUGCAAGCUCAAAAUAAGGGAAAAGCUAAACCAUUGUUUCGUAAUUACUGUCCUAUGUGCAAUAUUAAUUUCUAUGGGCCUUUGACUGGACAUCGUAAAAGUGAUCGUCAUCGUAAAUUGAAACAAUUUCUUCAUCCAGAAUGUAAAAUGUGUGAUACGUUAUUCCAUACUCGUUUAGAAUGGGAUGAUCACAAAUUAUCUUCUGAUCAUUUACGUAAAGUUGGUGAACAACGCCGUCAAUUUAAUCCGGACCUUAAAGAUGAUGAAUUUGAAUUGCUUGAUGUGAUUGUGAUUGAAGAUGAUUUACCUUCAGAAGAAAUACCUGUUGCAUCAAAAUUAGAUAUGCUUGAUGAUCAAGAUAUGAAAGAUGAUGAUGAUGAUGAAGAAGAACAAGAACAAGAAGAAAUUGUGAAGGAAUCUGAUGACAACAAAGAUAAUGAGGAAGUUGCUAGUACCAGUGUUGAUAAGGAAAAAGAAGAAAAUGAUAUUCCCAAAGAAGAGAACGAUACUUCCAACACAGAGAAUGAUACUUCCAUGAUAGAGAUUGAUAAUUCUAAAGAAGAAAAUGAUAUUAAUAAGGAACAGAAUGAUAAUGCUAAAGAAGAUGCAGUGGUUAUUAAGAAAGAAAAAGAUGAAAAAUAUAAUCCUGCUAAUGUUGUUGGUCGUGAACUUGUAGUUAAGACAGGAGGAUAUGUAUGUCGUAUUUGUUCAAUGUUUAUGAAGAAUGAUGAAGAAGCAGAUUUACAUUGUCAAACUGCUUCACAUUAUAUUAACUUCACUACUAUCACAAAGUUACAUGCUAAAAUUAAUAACCGAAAACGCAAAAUGAAAGAUGAUAAGAAAGAUGAUGAUGACAUUGAUGUAAACACAGAAGAAACUGAAACUGAAUUACCUGAGAAAAAAGCUCGUUUGGAUGAAACUGAAGAAGAUAAACCAGUAGUUGAGCAAAAUGGCAUAGUUGAGCCAGAAUCUGAACCUAUGGAUGAUGAUAAUAUGCAAGAGAUAAAAUCUAAUGAAAUUUGUAACGAUGAGUCGAAAGCAAUUAAUUCUGAAGAUUCAGUAGUUCCAGUUCCUGUAAUUGCAGAUCCUGUAGCUACAGAAAAUGUUGUUGAAACAAAAGAAGUUGUUGCUGAACCAGAAUCUGAACCAGUAAAAGAAUCUCCUGCUCCGGCUAUCAAAACUACUCCAACACGUGGUAGAGGUGGAGGUCGUGGUCGAGGAGUAGCAAGACGGGGUCGAUCGAGUCGCUAAAGUCAUAUUUAAAUAAAUAAUAUUUAAAAAAAAAAAAAAAAAAUGAAAAAUAAAUGGAGGAUAUACAACUUUA